AUGGGUCUCCAGGUUAUGAUCUGCUUCCCCCUGGGGCUCCUACUUGGCUCCGUACUCCUGGCAGCCUCAGCCCCGGCCACUCCUGAGUCCCAGGGCUGCAGCAACAAGGAGCAACAGGUCACUGUCAGCCACACCUACAAGAUUGACGUGCCCAAGUCUGCCCUGGUCCAAGUGCAGGCUGAACCUCAGCCCCUCGGGGAUGAUGGGGCCUCGCUUCUGGCUCCAGAGGAGGCCGGAGAGGAACAGAACAUCAUCUUCAGGCACAACAUCCGCCUUCAGAUGCCACAGAAGGACUGCGAGCUGGCAUGCAGUGUCCAGGACCUAGUGGCCCGAGUGAAGAAGCUGGAGGAAGAGAUGGUGGAGAUGAAGGUGCAGUGUAGUGUCCAGCACUGCUGCCAAGGCGCUGCUGAUCUGAGCCGCCACUGCAGCGGCCACGGGACCUUCUCCCUGGCGACCUGCAGCUGCCGCUGUGAGCAAGGCUGGGAGGGCGCCGAGUGCGAGCGGCCCGCCUGCCCCGGGGCCUGCAGCGGCCACGGGCGAUGCGUGGACGGGCGCUGCCUCUGCGAUGAUCCCUACGUUGGGGCCGACUGCGGCUACCCCACCUGCCCCGAGAACUGCAGCGGACACGGCGUGUGCGUGCGGGGCGUUUGCCAGUGCCGCGAGGACUUCAUCUCGGAGGACUGCAGCGAGCGGCGGUGUCCCGGCGACUGCAGCGGCCACGGCUUUUGCGACGCGGGAGAGUGUUACUGCGAGGAGGGCUUCACAGGCCUCGACUGUGCCCAGGUGGUCUCCCCCCAGGGCCUGCAGCUGCUCAGGAGCACUGAGGAAUCCCUGCUAGUGAGCUGGGAGCCCUCUGGGGAUGUGGAUCACUACCUCCUCAGCUACUACCCCAUGGGGAAGGAACUUCCUGUGAAGAAGAUCCAAGUGCCCAAGGAGCAGAACAGCUAUGAGAUGCACGGUUUGCUGCCUGGAACCAAGUACAUAGUCACCCUGCACAAUGUGAAGAAGGAGGUUUCCAGCAGCCCACAGCAUCUACUCGCCACCACAGACCUUGCUGUGGCUGGCACUGCCUGGGUGACCGACGAGACGGAGAACUCCCUGGAUGUGGAGUGGGAGAACCCCCCAACUAAGGUUGAUUACUACAAACUGCGGUACGGCCCCCUGACAGGACAGGAGGUGGCUGAGGUCACUGUGCCCAAGAGCAAUGACCCCAAGAGCCGAUAUGACAUCACAGGUCUGCAUCCUGGGACUGAGUAUAAGAUCACCGUUGUCCCCAUGAGAGGAGAACUGGAGGGCAAACCAAUUCUCCUGAAUGGCAGGACAGAAAUUGAUGGCCCAACCAAUGUGGUCACAGAUCGAGUGACAGAAGGCACAGCGGCAGUCUCCUGGGACCCUGUGCAGGCCGUCAUAGACAAGUACGUAGUACGUUACACUUCCCCCGACGGGGAUGCCAAGGAGACAGCAGUGCACAAGGACCAGAGCAGCACCAUACUGACAGGCCUGAAGCCAGGAGAGAAGUACGAAGUUCACGUUUGGGCUGAGAGGGGCAACCAGGAGAGCAAGAAAGGCAACACCAAGGCCCUCACAGAAAUUGACAGCCCCAAAAAUCUAGUGAUAGACCGGGUAACGGAGAACACAGCUUCCAUCUCCUGGGACCCAGUGCAGGCUGCCAUCGACAAGUAUGUGGUACGCUACACCUCUGCGGACGGAGAGACCAAAGAGGUUCUGGUGGGGAAGGAUCAGAGCAGCACGGAGCUCACGGGCCUGAGGCCAGGUGUAGAAUACAAGGUGUACGUGUGGGCCCAGAAGGGGAACCGUGAGAGCAAGAAGGCUGACACCAAGGCCCCAACAGAAAUUGACAGCCCCAAAAAUCUGGUGAUGGACCGGGUGACGGAGAACACGGCUACUGUCUCCUGGGACCCAGUGCAGGCUGCCAUUGACCAGUACAUGGUGCGCUACAUCUCUGCGGAUGGAGAGACCAAGGAGGUUCUGGUGGGGAAGGAUCAUAGCAGCACGGAGCUGACGGGCCUCAGGCCGGGCAUGGAAUACAAGGUGUACGUUUGGGCCCAGAAGGGGAGCCAUGAGAGCAAGAAGGCUGACACCAAGGCCCCAACAGACAUUGACAGCCCCCGAAACCUGGUGACAGACAGGGUGACAGAGAACACGGCCACCAUCUCCUGGGACCCAGUGCAGGCUGUCAUUGACAGGUACAUGGUGAGCUACACCUCUGCCGAUGGAGAGACUAAGGAGGUUCCAGUGGGGAAGGAUCAGAACAGCACGGAGCUGACGGACCUGAGGCCAGGUGUGGAGUACACAGUGAAGGUGUGGGCCCAGAAGGGGAGCCAAGAGAGCAAGAAAGCUGACACCAAGGCCCCAACAGACAUUGACAGCCCCAAAAACCUGGUGAUGGACCGGGUGACAGAGAACACGGCCACAGUCUCCUGGGAUCCAGUGCAGGCUGUCAUUGACAGGUACAUUGUGCAGUACACCUCUGUAGACGGAGAGACCAAGGAGGUCCCGGUGAGGAAGGAUCAGAGCAGCACGGUACUAACGGGCCUGAGGCCAGGUGUGGAGUACAGUGUGUACGUGUGGGCCCAGAAGGGGAGCCAGGAGAGCAAGAAAGCUGACACUAAGGCCCCAACAGACAUUGAUAGCCCCAAAAACCUGGUGACAGACCAACUGACAGAGAACACAGCCACCAUUUCCUGGGACCCGGUGCAGGCUGUCAUUGACAGGUACAUGGUGCGCUACACCUCUGCCGAUGGAGAGACCAAGGAGGUUCCGGUAGGGAAGGAUGAGAGCAGCACGGAGCUGACGGGCCUGAGGCCAGGCAUGGAGUACAUGGUAUAUGUGUGGGCCCAGAAGGGGAGCCGGGAGAGCAAGAAAGCCAACACCAAGGCCCCAACAGAAAUCGACCCUCCCAAAAACUUUCAUCCAUCCAAUGUAACACAGUCUAGUGGGAUAUUGACCUGGACACCUCCCUCUGCUCAGAUUGAUGGCUACAUUCUGACCUACCACUUCCCAGAUGGCACUGUUAAGGCGGCACAGCUUGGACGAUGGGACCAGAGGUUUGAGUCACAAGGCCUUCAACAAGGUGUCACCUACCCUGUUUCCUUGGUUGCCUUUAAGGGUGAUCGCCGGAGCAAGAAUGUAUCAACCACCCUGUCCACAGUUGGUGCCCGUUUUCCACACCCUUUGGACUGUAGUCAAGUUCAACAGAACAGCAACGUCGCCAGUGGCCUGUACACCAUCUACCUGCAUGGCGAUGCCAGCCGGCCUCUGCAGGUGUACUGUGAUAUGGAAACCGAUGGAGGUGGCUGGAUUGUCUUCCAGAGGCGGAACAGUGGGCAGCUGGAUUUCUUCAAGCGUUGGCGGACCUACGUGGAAGGCUUUGGGGACCCCAUGAAGGAGUUCUGGCUUGGACUUGACAAGCUGCACAAUCUCACCACUGGCUCUUCUUCCCGGUAUGAGGUGAGAGUGGAUUUACAGACUGCCAAUGAUUCUGCCUAUGCUGUAUAUGAUUUCUUCCAAGUGGCCUCCAGCAAGGAGCGGUAUAAGUUAACCGUUGGGAAAUACAGAGGCACAGCAGGGGAUGCUCUUAGUUACCACAAUGGCUGGAAGUUUACAACUUUUGACAGAGACAAUGAUAUUGCCCUCAGCAACUGUGCCCUGACACAUCAUGGUGGCUGGUGGUACAAGAACUGCCACUUGGCCAACCCUAAUGGCAGAUAUGGGGAGACAAAGCACAGUGAGGGGGUAAACUGGGAGCCAUGGAAAGGACAUGAAUUCUCUAUUCCUUACGUGGAGUUGAAAAUCCGCCCUCAUGGCUACAGCAGGGAGCCUGUCCCGGGCAGAAAGAAGCGGACGCUAGGAGGAAAGACAAGAACAUUCUGAUGGCCUGUUUGAGCAAUCGCUGCAUGAGACAAGACCAGCCCAGGUUGGGGCAUGCAAGCCUGGGCUGGGGCGGACAGUGGCAACUGGCCAAUGACAGUUUGAGGGAUCCUCAUAGCCUCUAGUUUCUGAGAUUGAUGGAUAACCUGCAGGGCCUGUGUGAUUCAAAGCAUGUCACCAAGCUUCAAGUUAUAGAGGUCCCUUCCCUGCCACCUGCUUUAUUGCCCAUGUGAUAUUAUCUAUAGUGGAGGUCCGAACAUCAACAAAACAGUAGUUGCACAGUGUGCAUAGGUAGGACAGUACUGGAAGUGCAUGGUUUCUCAGCCUAUCUCCAGUAACAGAUACACUUGAUUAGGGCAAAAGGGGAUCGUCCAGCACUUCACAAUUAGAAAGUUCUAGAAAAAAAAUUUUUUUUUUUUUUUUUUUAGAAGC